AUGGCCGGCAGCUACCCCAAGCCCGACGAGAAGAGCCUGCAGGCGCUGCGCGACGCCGCCGGCCGCCUCCGCGUCCACUCCAUCCGCGCCACCUGCGCCUCCAACUCGGGCCACCCGACGUCAUGCUGCAGCGCCGCCGAGAUCAUGUCCGUCCUGUUCUUCCACACCAUGCGCUACAAGCCCAGCGAGCCGGCCUGCCCCAGCAACGACCGCUUCGUGCUCUCCAAGGGCCACGCUGCGCCCAUCCUCUAUGCGGCCUGGGCCGAGGCCGGCUACCUUAAAGAGUCCGAGCUGCUGAAACUGCGGAAGAUUGACUGCAACCUGGAAGGCCAUCCCACCCCUAGGCUGCCUUUUGUGGACGUGGCCACUGGAUCGCUAGGCCAGGGCUUGGGAGCCGCGUGUGGCAUGGCCUACACGGGCAAAUACUUCGACAAGGCCAGCUACCGAGUGUACUGCCUGCUGGGCGAUGGAGAAUCUUCCGAAGGCUCCGUGUGGGAAGCCCUGGCCUUUGGAUCCCACUACCAGUUGGACAACCUGGUGGCCAUCUUUGACAUCAACCGGCUGGGGCAGAGCGAGGCGGCCCCACUCCGCCACGACACCGAAGCCUACCGCAAGCGCUGCGAAGCCUUUGGGUGGAAUACCUAUGUGGUGGAUGGCCAUGACGUGGAGGAACUUAGCCGGGCCCUGUGGCAAGCUAGCCAGACGAAGGGGAAGCCGACGGCCAUUGUGGCCAAGACUUUCAAAGGGCGAGGGAUCCCAGGGGUGGAGGACGGGGACAAUUGGCACGGAAAGCCCAUCCCCAAGGACAAAGCGGACUCUGUGAUCAACGCGAUCCAGGCCCAAAUCCAGACCAACAAAGUCGUGUCUAUCCAGCCGCCUGCCGAGGAUGUCCCGCAGAUCAGCAUUGUGGACAUUAAGAUGCCUUCUCCACCAGCCUUCAAAAUUGGGGAAAAGGUGGCCACCCGCAAGGCCUAUGGUUUGGCCCUGGCCAAGUUGGGCACCGCCAACAGCCGUGUGGUGGCGUUGGACGGCGACACCAAGAACUCCACCUUUGCGGAACUCUUCAAGAAGGCCCAUCCCGAGCGCUACAUUGAGUGUUACAUCGCCGAGCAGAACAUGGUCAGCGUGGCUCUGGGGUGCGCCGCCAGGGACCGGACGGUCGCGUUCGCCAGCACCUUUGCCGCGUUCUUCACCCGGGCGUUUGACCACAUCCGCAUGGGUGCCAUCUCGCAGACGAACAUCAACCUCUGUGGCUCUCACAGCGGCUGCUCCAUUGGUGAAGACGGCCCCUCUCAGAUGGCGCUGGAAGACAUAGCCAUGUUCAGAACGGUCCCUGGCUGCACCGUUUUCUACCCAAGCGACGCCGUUUCCACCGAACACGCGGUCUGUCUGGCAGCAAACACCAAGGGGAUCUGCUUCAUUCGGACCAGCCGCCCGGAGACGGCGAUCAUAUACUCCCAGGACGAAAAGUUUGCGAUAGGCAAGGCCAAGGUGGUGCGCAAAAGCAACAGUGACAAGGUGACCGUGAUCGGAGCGGGCGUCACCCUCCACGAAGCCCUGGCUGCUGCCGACGAGCUGGCCAAAGAAGGCAUCCACAUCCGGGUCAUCGACCCCUUUACAAUCAAGCCCUUGGAUGCGGAGACCAUCAUCUCCAAUGCCAAAGCCACGGGGGGCCGGAUCAUCACUGUUGAAGACCACUACAGAGAGGGAGGUAUCGGCGAGGCGGUGGCAGCGGCCGUCUCGGGAGAACCCGGCCUCCUCGUCCAGAGCCUGGCCGUCUCGGGAGUGCCUCGGAGCGGAAAACCAGCCGAGCUCCUCGAUCUGUUUGGGAUCAGUGCCAAGAAGAUUGUGGCGGCAGUGAAGAGCAGCUUUGCCAACUGA